AGCGUGACGUCAUGUUAGCACAACACAAACCAGGAAGUGACAAUCGUCAAGGGAUUUUUUUUUUUCCUCUCAAUUUUCAUUUAGAACUUCCUGAACCAGUGACGUCACUCAUAACGAAUCACGCCUCGAUACGGGCCGAACUUCCUGGAUUCUCGGCACGCCCCGAAUCUUGGGCACAAUACAUCCCAUCACUCGUAAACAUCGGUUUUGUUCUUCUGGAUGAAACCAAAGGGUCUUCAGUGUAAAACGCUGAGCGUGUACAUUUUUCUGUCUCAGCAGCAGACUUGAGGGAUCAGCGUUCUGUUGAUACGAAAUCUCGGGUGGCGCUAACGUCAGAUAAAUAGAAUUUUGUUGCAAGAGACAAGUGACCAUAAGACCUGAGCAUGUCCAAUGAAGCUGACCACAUCGAGGGCGGAGGAGACAAGGAGUCUGAGGAGGGGGCGCAGGAUCGAGUCCGAACAAAUGCAAGUCCACCCAGAGGAGCAAGUGCUCCACAAGCCAGCCCACCCAGGUUUGUGUCUGUAGAUGAGUUAUUGGAGACAGCAAAAGGAGUCAACAAUAUGGCUUUGGCUCACGAAAUAAUGGUCAACCAGUCUUUUCAAGUGAAACAGUCUGAGCUUCCUGAAGGAAGUUUGGAGCGCAGAGUGAAGGAGAUUGUGCACCAAGCAUUCUGGGAUUUUCUGGAAGCUCAGUUAAAGGAGGAUCCGCCACAAUACAGCCAUGUAAUCCAACAGCUGGCUGAAAUUAAAGAGACGUUGCUAUCUUUCUUGCUGCCGGGCCAUGGUCACAUACGGUCCCGAAUUGAAGAGGUUCUUGACCUGACUCUAAUCCAGCAGCAGGCAGAGAAAAGAGCACUGGACGUUGGCGCUCUAUCCCAUUUCAUUAUUGAGAUGAUGGGAUCGCUUUGUGCUCCCUCCAGGGAUGAGGCCGUCAGUAAACUAAAGGAGAUCACCGAUUUUGUCCCUCUGCUCAAGGCCAUAUUCUCGCUAUUGGACCUGAUGAAGUUGGACAUGGCUAACUUUGCUGUAAACAGCAUCAGGCCUCAUCUAAUGCAGCAGUCAAUUGAGUAUGAGAGGAACAAGUUCCAGGAGUUUCUGGACAGACAGCCCAAUGCUUUAGACUUCACUGAGAAGUGGCUCAAGGACACAUUGAAGGACUUGAGAAGGGCUUCUUCAGUUACUGCAUCAUCUGAUCCUCCUGCUCUCCUUCCCGCUAAUGUCCAUAAUCAAGCAUAUUUACGACUACUUAAGUGGGAACACCUCUCAGAACCCUUCCCUGAGACAGUGUUGAUGGAUCAGACUCGGUUCCAAGAAAUGCAGCAGAAGACUGAACAAUUAGUUUUGCUUUCAUCUAUAUUACUCAUUGUUUACACUACCACGGGGGAAGCUAUCUCGGGCCUUCCAGGACUCAUGGACAAGCUUAAAAACACUGUCCACACCAUGCUUGCAGACAUGCACACACCGUCCUUCAGUUUGCAAGAGACCUUAGUGACCACUGGGGAGAAACUGUGUAUGGAGCUAAGUCAAUGUUUAAGCCAGCAUGGCUAUGCUACAUUAUCUACUGACCACAAAAACACUUUGAUGGGGCAAAUCUCAGCCACCAUCGAGCCGGACAACACAGUCCGUCAGCUGAUGGACUCUCGGGUUCAGAGCUACCUGCUGGCCACCCUGGAGUCCAGUCAACACAAGACUCCUCCUCCUCUGCCUGGAGGUCUUACACCCAUCUGCAAAGAGCUAAAAGAACUCGCUGUUCGCUUCAGUUGCCUUGUCAACUUCAAUAAGCUGGUCUUCUCCCCAUUCUACCAAAAGAUUCUCCACAAGUGCUACUCAUCAGGAGGUUGUACCAGCACAGAGACGUAAGCAUUAUGAUGAGGACAGUGGUGUUAAGUGGAUUUUCAAGCUAACACUUAAGUUCUACAAAAGGAGCUGAGGAUAAUGAUCAACGGUGUUGGCUGGUAAACAUUCACCUCAUUGCGUAGAAGAAAAUAAUACAUUUCAAACACUAAUAGCACUACUUGGGGGGGGGAAAAAAAUCUACUUUAUCCUCUGUCCUCCAUAUACCGUCAUUUCUCAUGUAUAAUGCGCCCCCCCCCCCAAAAUGUCAAAAAUAAAUGGUGCACAUUGCACAUAGGUGUAGGGGAAAAUGAAAACAAAUUUCCCAUUUUAUAAAUGUAUGCCGCCAUCUAGAGGUUAGGAAAAAGCGGUAAAUGUUCAUUUCAAUAUGCCACUGCCACCUGAAGGUUAUGAAAAAGGUGGACACUUUCAUUCCAAUAUGAUGGGUACGUAUGACUGCAUAUGUACAGUUGUGGUCCUCAGUUUACAUACCCUGGCAGAAUUUGUGAAAUAAAAAAUAAAAAAAAUGAUGUGCAACUGAUGACUGAACAACAACCAUCAUUAAUUUAUUUAUGGAUAUGUUUUGUUUGAUGAUAAUGCUUUUCUGAAAUACAUGAGAGUUUAAUUUGAAUCCUAUUAAAAUAAAACUAAAUGUGUUUCGCCUGGCCCUUCAUGUUUUCUUCAAAGAAUUGUACCCAUCUUACGAAUUCUGCCCGGGUAAUCAAACAUGUGACCACAACUGCUGUCUGUUUUCUCAUUUACUAAAUAAAAGUAGGGCUGUGAAUUUCAAAAUAAGAGCAAGUAAAUAAAAAGAAUUCCAUGUUAAAAUAAAGUGCUUAACUUGAGAAUAAUUAUUUGAAAAAACUAACAAAAUACAGAUAAUACUUAAUGUUUUGAUCAUAUGGGUAAAGGCAAAAUCAUGCAUUGUAAAAAUGUAUUAUACAUAGGUAGAAGGGUUUUCCAGAAUUUUGAGGUCAGCUUUGGGGAUGCGUAUUAUACAUGGCUGUGCAUUAUACACGAGAAAUUAGUCCAAUGGUGUUUUAACCCUCUGUAACCUGUGCCUGACUACGUGUACAAUGCUUUGGACCAGUUCUAAAUUCAUUGGAUGGUUUUAAGGAGCAAAUGUUGGUUAUGAAUGAAUAAGUGGAGCCACAAUGUGUUUUUGCAGAUAUACAUUAAAAUGUAAAAAGAAACUUUAAAAUUUAGUGCACCAGCUACAUCAUGGAAUAAAUAAAUACUUUAUUAAUUUCAAAUGAUAAGUUCCACUCCAUGGGUCUUCCUAUAGCUCUGUUGGUUAGUUCUUAUAGUUCGGUCCAAGAGAAAUAGCCAAGGUGAUUUUAGUCAGGUGGUAAGUCAAAAGAAAAUAACUCAACUGUGCUAAUUGUUCCUUCUACCACACUGCAGAUAAUUGGGAAAGAAGACUUGAAAGUCAGAAAAUGUUGCUUUAGAAAUACAAAUUUUGCUUUAGAAAUACAAAAACACCAGUUGGUGCUGAUACAAGAGGAAGGUCUCAAGCAACGGCAAACCGAAUACAGUCUGAUGAAAUCCUUUGUCUCUUUUGUCCUGACGUGACAUUUACUGAGACAACAAUGAACACAAACAAACCGACUUGGAAUACAUUUUUCAUAAAUGACAAUCAAAACAUGUUUUGUUUUGUUUUCAUACAAGUAUUUUUGAUUUUACAAGUAACAAUAUACUCUAUAGAGGCUGCUUUCAUUCUGGACCAUGAUAAACUGACCCUACUGAUCAGUAUUGGGUUGGCUAUCCCCUGAGAGUUUAAAAGUUAGAGAAUAAUAAUAAGGUUGCAUCAUAUUUUAAAAAUGUAUCAAUGGUUUUAAUGUCAAUAUCUACACUUGAUAAUUGCAGUUUAAAAACAACAAAGCUAUAUUCAAGUCUCGGAAAUAUCUUACACAUUCUGUCUGGGAUUUACAUCUAGGCUAGCGAGAGACAUGCACAUAUUUUCCAUUAGUUAUUGAUGACUUAAAAAUUUCAAAACCAAAACUUUUACAAAUGUCAAAACCAAAUUUUUUUUUCACCAUUCUUAUACAUAAGAAGACAAUGUUUUCAGUGCCACUUAUUCAUAAAAAAGGUACAGCAUCCUCAUGUGUACUGUCCUUCACAAAAGAAAAGGUUUACAAUAAUUUAGGGUGAAACUCUCUUUCAAUUCAUGGAUUGUCCAUAACGAACAACAUGUUCAGAUAUAGGGGUGUCCACAUGUGCACUUGGUACCAGGACACCCUAGGCCGCAAUUCGAUGAUCGACUUUGUGGUGGUAUCAUCGGACUUGCGGCCGCAUGGCUUAGACACUCGAGUGAAGAGAGGGGCAGAGCUGUCAACCAAUAACCACCUGGCGGUGAGUUGGCUCCGAUGCUGGGGGAAGAUGCCUGUCCGACCUGGGAGACUGAAAUGUGUCGUGAGGGUCUGUUGGAAACGUCUGGCUGAGUCCCCUGUCAGAGCUUCAACUCCCACCGACAGAACUUUGCCCAUGUCCCAGGGGAGGCGGGGGACAUUGAGUCUGAGUAGACCAUGUUCCAUUCCUCCAUUGUUGGGGCGGCCGACCAGAGCUGUGGCCGUAAGGUUGUCGGUGCCUGUCGUGUCGGCAAUCCCCGAACCCGUUGGUGGACACCAGCGGUAAGGGAUGCCGUCAAGCUGCAGAAAGGGUGCUCUCGGGCCUGUUUGGCCUGUGGAGUUUUGUGAAGCUAUGGAUAACGACUUCCAGACAGCUUUGAGGAAAUUGUGGUCCACCGUCCGGUGUCUCAGGAGGGGGAAGCAGUGCACAGUCAACACUGUGUAUAGUGGGGAUGGUGCGCUGCUGACCUCAACUCGGGACAUUUUUUAUAGAAUAAGGUCUAUUCAGGGGUUCUGGAGAGGGGGGUCUGUCAGGAAGUUGAAUCUCAGAUUCAGGAGGAGCAGUGUGUGUUUCGUCCUGGCCAUGGAACAGUGGACCAGCUCUACACCCUCAGCAAGGUCCUUGAGGUUGCAUGGGAGUUUGCCCAACCAGUCUACAUGUGUUUUGUGGACUUGGAGAAGGUGUUUGACCGUGUCCCUCGGGGAGUCCUGUGGGGGGUGCUCCAGGAGUAUGGGGUACCGGACUCCCUGAAAUGGACUCUUCGGUUUCUGUAUGACCGGUGUCAGAGUUUGGUCCGCAAUGCCGGCAGUAAGUUUUCAUUUUCACAACAUAGUUGUUGAUGGACCACUGCUCGUCCUUGUUUCAUCGUCUAAGCAGAUGUUCAAAAUACAGUACAUUCUCUGUCUAUUCUCUGUCACAGGACGUUUGUUGAACUCACUAAUUGACAGCUGACGUGAGGAUUUAGGCUCUUCGUCAGCUAGCAUUAACUGGUGACUUUUCAGAUGGGCGUGCAUAGCACUAGAGCUUUUACUAUAAGGAUAGAUUUGGAUACUUUGCAAGUGACUGUGCCAUCUCUGUCAUUUUUUCCCCCCGUUAAUAUCAAAACACGUGAUUGGCGUUUAGUUGGCAUCAAGCUCGAACUCUCUAUGCGGACAUAUCUUUGGAAGCACUUCGAUUCGUACACAACCAUGCCAAGUUUCUAAAUUUAUCAGGUAUUAUUCGGGGUUGAAUAAUUGGUUGCAAGCUGAAACGUUUCAAUUACUACUAUUUGUUGGAAGCCUCUUUCUCAGUUUCGGGCAACCCGUAAGUGUAUUUUAUUUAAAUAUACAGUAUACUGUAGAUACACAACAGUAACCUAUGAUUUGGCAAAAAUGCAGCUUUUUCCUUAUUUCACUCGUAUUGCUGAUGGCUUUGCAUGCCUAUUAAGUGUGCAAUGUCUCUUCUCCCUCAAAACAAAUGUUGCAUGUCUCUGGCUUACCUACAUUUGUAUACUGUUAGGACACAUUUACACGCUAUCUUUGUUCAGUCAGGACUCAAGUGUUUUUCAGCAAUUGAUGCUAAGAAACUCAGACUUUUAAUUAAGGCGAAAAGAUUGCAUCAUACCAGUGUGUGUGUGUGUGUGUUUUUCCCCUAACAUGUUGAUGACAAAUUAAUCCAAUUUUGUCUCAGUCCAGUAAGUAGCAGAAAAAUACACUGAAUUUGUGUUGUGAACCAAUUUGAACCAUGUAAUGGUACUUAGAAUUUCAUUGAACUUCUCAUUUAGAAUUAAUUUAAAACGUUCAAAUUAUUUGAAAAACUGAUGUCAUGCAUAGCAUAUGUGAUAAAUUUACACGAACAUUUGUUGUGAAUGUUCAUUAAUCAUAUCAAUAAAGCAUUGCGUAUCCUUGUCAAA